UCCAGCAUAGCCAAACUACAUCUUCUGGAUUUGCUAAAGCUUUGAAGAUGGGUCGCUCCAUGUUGUUGGUAGCCUGCGCUUUUACUCUACUAUUGGCUUCUGUGGUUUCGUCUAGUGUGGUCGAGCACACAUUAGUAGUUAAGAAUCGGAUGCUACGGCGACUGUGUUACGAGCAGGAGGUAACAGUGGUGAACGGAAGCAUGCCAGGGCCGGUGAUACGGGUUAGGGACGGCGACACCCUCAUAGUUCAUGUCCUCAACCAAUCACCUAUCAAUAUUUCCCUUCACUGGCAUGGAUUGUUUCAGAGGCGGAGUGGAUGGGCAGAUGGAGCAGCAUAUAUAACCCAGUGUCCCUUGGUUCCAGGAAGUAAUUACACCUACAAAUUCAACAUUACUGAUCAACAAGGAACUCUUUGGUGGCAUGAACACAGAGACUUGAGCAGAGCCACCAUUUAUGGGGCUUUCAUCAUCCACCCCAGGCACGGCAAAUCUUACCCAUUUCCCAAACCCGACAAGGAGGUUCCUAUUUUAUUCGGGGAGUGGUGGAAUGCCAGCAUCACUGAUGUCGAUAAUCAAGGUUUCCUCACUGGUCUUGGACCAAACCUUUCCGAUGCUCUCACCAUCAAUGGCAAACCUGGCGAUCUCUACCCAUGUCCUAAAAAAGAUACGUUUAAGCUGAAAGUGAAACCUGAUAACGUCUACCUCCUCCGCCUCGUCAACGCCGCCGUCAAUACCCAGUUGUUCUUCAAAAUCGCAAACCACAACCUCACGGUGGUCGCAGUCGACGCCAGCUACACCGAACCAUAUUCCACAGAUGUCGUCGUGAGCGGCCCCGGCCAAACGGUCGAUGUCCUCUUGAUAGCCAACAAACCACCCAAGAGUUACUACAUGGCUAUCCAGGCCUAUAGCAGUUCCGUAGCUGCAUUCGUUAAUACAACCGCAACUGCAAUAAUGGAAUACGAGGGAGGGCCCACCACCUCAUCAAUCCCCCCAGAACUCCCACUCCUUCCACCUUUCAAUGACACACCAACUGCCUAUAAGUUCUAUAGCAACCUAACCAGUCCUUUACGCCAAGUCAGCAAUUUACCAUUACAAGUGGACGAGAGGCUGUUUAUAACCAUAGGUAUGAGUAUCUCACCAUGUGGACUUGGAGGUAAUGCCACGUGUGGAGGACCCAAUGGGACCCGAUUCUCAGCCAACAUGAAUGGUUUGUCAUUCCAAGUACCCACCAAAUUGUCCAUUUUGCAGGCGGCCUUUUCUGGUUCGAACCAGAACCAGGGGGUGUUCACUGCAGAUUUCCCAAGUCAGCCACUGGUGACCUUCGACUACACCAACCCCAAUAACACCUUGAACCAAACGUUAAUGUUCUCCCAGAAAUCAACGAGUGUGAAAAAGAUACCCUUUAAUUCGUCGGUGGAGAUGGUGUUUCAGAACACGGCCGUGUUGGGGGUGGAGAACCACCCAAUACACUUGCACGGUUAUGAUUUCUAUGUGUUGGCUAUGGGGUUUGGGAACUACAACCAUAUACAGGAUGUGAGUAAGUUCAAUUUGUUUAAUCCACAGAUGCGUAACACCGUCGCUGUGCCAGCUGGAGGAUGGGCUGUCAUCAGAUUUCGAGCUGAUAAUCCAGGUGCAUGGAUAAUGCACUGCCAUCUAGAAACCCACCUCUCAUGGGGCUUGGCUACGGCUUUAAUUGUUGAAGAGGGACCAACUCCUUUCUACAAACUCCCUCCCCCACCUUCCGAUUAUCCUCAAUGUUAGAAAUUUUCAUUAUUUUACUUCAAUUUCUUAUUUUGUACGUAUUUCUCAUUCAGCAACAAUUACUACACACCAGUGAUUUGGGUAUUCUUUUAAAUUUUGUGAGUGAGUUGAGUUUGAGUAGAAUUUAGUCGUCAAGACUCCAAGUCUGUGUACUUUUUUUUUUUUUUUUUUUGAAGAAACAAGGUCUGUGUACCAUACUUCUACCUUAUAAUGAAAGAAGAAUUCUUUGAUUAUUGGUUCAA